UGACCACGCUUUUGCUCGCGGUGGCGUCGCACCCUUGAUAACGAGCGGUUUACGGCUGCGCCCACCGCGCCAGCGCGUGCCGCUCCAUGUCGUCGCGCCUCGGCUUCUACACCCUCGAGCCGGCGCUCGCCGCGGCGGCCGAGGCGCUGUUCCGCUCCGGCGCGGUCCUCCGGCGCGCGCGCGCGCGCUGCACGCGCUCCUCCUCGUCUCCUCCCUGCCCUCCGCGCCACGCCCGGCGACCUUCCUCGCCAACCAGCUGCUCGCCCUCUACUGCCGCCACUCCGUCGUCCCCGACGCCCUCGCCCUCGCCCUCCUCCGCUCCACGCCGUGCCCCACCGUCGUGUCGUACAACACCGUCCUCUCCGCGCUCUCGCGCACCCCGAGGCACGCGCCCAACGCUUUCGGGCUCUUCCGCGGCCUCUACGCCUCGGGUCUCCGUCCCACCGCACCCAGCUUCUGCGCCGUCCUCCGCGCCGCUGGUGCGCUCCGCGACGGUCGCGCGGGGGCCGCCGCGCACGCGCAGGCCGCGGCGCUCGGCUUCCUCGCUAGCGACAUUGUUCCGACUGCGCUGCUCCAGAUGUAUUCUGGGUGCGGGUCGCCGAGGGACGCCAACCAGGUGUUCGAUGAAAUGGCAACGCCGGACGUGGUGGCAUGGAACUGCGUGAUGCACUGCAGCGUACGCUAUGGUUACCUGGAGCGGGCACUGAGGAAAUUCUGCCGGAUGGUGAGUACUGGGCUGGCACCUACAGAGAGUACGCUUUCUUCGGUGCUGAGUGGGUGCGGGCGAUCUGGGGACUCACACCAUGGGCGUGCACUCCAUGGAUGGGUGGUGAAAUCAGAGGAGCUUGAUCUUGAUUUGCCGCUGCAGAAUGCGCUGCUCGAUAUGUACUGCUGCUGCGGUGAUCUGGACACUGCUCUGCUUGUGUUUCAGAGGAUUGAGGCACCAGACUUGGUGUCAUGGAACACCAUAAUUGCUGGAUUUUCUGGCAUUGGGGAUGGAUGGAGCGCUGUGCAGGCCUUUGUGCAGCUCAAAGCCGUAUCCUGUGAACAGCUUGCUCCUGAUGAGUAUACACUUGCAUCUGUGGUGUCUGCUGCCGCUGCAUUACCAGCAAUGUGUAGUGGCAAGCUGCUUCAUGCUGACAUAAUCAAAACUGGGUUGGAGAGCAGUGUCUUUGUUGCGAAUACACUAAUCAAUAUGUAUUUUACAAAUGAGGAGCCAGGUUCUGCCCAGAUUUUGUUUGAUUCCAUUAUGGUGAAAGAUGUAAUCAUGUGGACUGAAAUGGUUGCUGGCCAUUCAGCACCAGGUGAAGGAGAAUUGGCCCUGAAGUAUUUUAUUAGGAUGCUGGAGGAAGGGCACAAGGUUGAUAACUUCUCUCUUAGCAGUGCUUUGAACUCCUCAGCAGAUCUUGCAGGCCUUAAGCAAGGGGAAAUGCUCCACGCCCAAGUGGUAAAAUGUGGUUACGAAGGAAAUAUCUGUGUCUCUGGAAGCCUCGUUGACAUGUAUGCAAAAAACGGUGCUCUUGGAGAUGCCUAUUCAGUUUUCUGUACCAUACAUAAGGCAGAUUUGAAGUGCUGGAAUUCUAUGAUAGGAGGAUAUGGCAAUCAUGGGGAUUCUGAAACAGCAUUCAAACUAUUUGGUGACAUGAUUCACGGUGGGCUGCAGCCUGACCAUGUAACUUACAUCUCUCUCCUUUCUGCCUGUAGCCAUUGUGGACUGGUUGAGAAAGGAAAACUUUAUUGGUCCUGGAUGAUCACUGAUGGCAUUGUGCCAGGGUUCAAACACUACACUAGCAUGGUGAGUUUGUUGAGUAGGGCAGGUUUAUUGCAGGAAGCAGUUGAUUUGAUUAACAAAGCCCCCUCUGCCAAGAGAUAUCCUGAGCUAUGGAGAAUUCUACUGAGCUCUUGUGUGACAUUUAAAGAUUUGUCCAUUGGUGUUCAUGCUGCUGACCAGGCAUUGGAGCAGGAUCCAGAUGAUAUCUCAACACAUAUACUGCUUUCAAACCUCUAUGCCUCUAUAGGGAAAUGGGACAAUGUGUCUGCAAUUAGGAGAAGGAUCAGAGGGCUGAUGAUUGAAAAGGAGCCUGGGCUUAGCUGGAUUGAGAUUAAGAAAACGGUCCAUGUGUUCUCUGCAGACGAUGAAUGCCAUACUCAUAUAGAUGAUUGUCGUGAUGAGUUGCUUAGAAUCAUGGGAAACAUGGGACUCUUGGAUAGUUGUGAAAAUGAAUUAGUGUCCAGUGGCUAAAUUUCCUUGAACUGAUUUCAGUUAAACAGGAGUUGUCAUGCUUUCCCUCAUGACACCAUGAAAGCUGAUGUGUAUAAUUAAACAUUUGAGUGUAACAAAUAAUGAAAAGUUGCAUAUCAGCACUUGAUCGGCUACCCAACAAUUGUUCAGGGCAAAACAUCCCAGAUUUGUCCUGAAAGGUUUGGUCUUAAACGAGGAUUCGUGUAACUUCGGAAGGCACCAAAGCAGCUUGUCCCAUGCCAAACCUUCCUAUCAUGUAAGGUGCCUGAAAACUGAACCACCCUUCCUUGGUAUAUAUUACAUCUGAUCCCAAAUAAAAAGUCCUUUUGGGAUUGUCCUAGGUUAAGCUUUUUUAACUCUGAUCAUCGACUGAUGAAAAGCAAUAUAGAUUGACAACAUGAAAUUGAUGUUAAUAGAUUGAUGAUGAAAAACUGUUUCGAUAUCCUCAAACGCAAAUAUACAAUUCUUUCAAUUUAUAGUGAUAUCAUUCUAUAGAUAUUGCUAGUCAAAGAGUGAUAUUGGAGACCAUAUUGAUAUGCUAAAGGACUUAUCUAAGAGGAAGUAAUAUUUGUGUUUUGGUUUGUCACGUAAUCACAAGCUUUUAAUUUAAUAAGUUCCUAUAAUCUAACCUUGUUGAUCUAUCUAAUGCUCAUUUAAUACUAUAUUUUUUCCUGCUCAUCUCGGACCAAGUAAGAUAUGAAUUGUAACAAAUCUGGGUAUAUAAUGAUUCGCCCUUACUCUCAUGACAUUAUAGAUAUCCAUAGUUUGUUUCUGCUCAUUUUAUCCCAAGGAAUCAUACUAGAAAAAAACGAAGACAACUGUUUGGGUUUGGUAUAUAUUUUGGGGACCCUUUAGUGUAGCAUACUUUACUCUUUUAGUGUUCUAUACAUUUUUUUUUUUGCUUUUGAAGUACACUGCCAAUUUUUCCUCAAAAAUGAGUGCAAAUGCACCAAUUGAAGAUCUGAUUCCCUAAAUCUCUGAUUCAUAAGACGCCGAACUUAGUUUCAAAAGGAGCUAUUUUUUCUGCUUUCCCUUUUUCCCAUUAAUGUCGGCAGAAGAGCUGCCGAUUAUAUAAAAAAGAAAUGGAAAUUUUAUCAGGUUUUGCAGACAUGGGCGCCAGAUGAAAUGGCUGGGUUGGUCUAGUCGGCUACUGUUGGUUGUUUCUCGCUACAUGGCACCGAAACCUGUUUUGUGAACCACGCAUGGGAGACCAACAAUUACACAUUUACACUGCCCUCGGUAUUUCUUGGGGCAUUAUGAAGUUGGUAUUCCUGAGCGGAGUCUUCUGCCUUCAUCUUCAUCAGCCUUCAUCUUCAUCAGCAGAAAAGGCUUCUUGAGGACUUCAAUAAUAGCAAUCGGAAGGAUGGUAGGACCUGGUCCUUCUGGUUAGGGUUCACAUUGUACUGUUCAGUUCCCUUGGAUCAGCUUGUCGCUGUCAGCUAUCUAACAGUUCAGUCCACCUAGAGUUUCAGUCCCUUUCAAAGUCCCAUUCACCUAUGAAAACUGGACUUCCAUGUUGAAAUGCUGAUAUUUUGAACUGGUCA